GUGUAUACUUAACUUAUUUUCUACAAAAAAGUAACUUUAAUUAAUUGUUUGAUUAAAAUUUAAUUUAUGAUGAUAACUUAGUAGUGGAAAUAUAUAAUCCAGAAAUUGUUGGAAACUUCCCUCAAAAAUUCAGGAAAUUUUAUUUCUAAAAUUGAGAGGGAGCCCUGACUAACAGAAGCUUUAUUUAGAAUUUAUCUAUUUAUUUUAAUUCUAAUUUAUCUAUUUACUUUAAUUCUAAUUGUCUCCGAUGUCUUCCACACCACCCAUGGUCCCAUACAUACUUAUUAUUUUUCUAAAUUAGAAUCAAAAAAAUUUUAAGAGAAAAUUUUUGACUUUAAAAACUACUUCCUUAUGCUAGAAAAAUAUUUAACAUAUUAUUAUUAUUAUUUUGUAAUUAUAUUAUAAAUAUUAUUAAACAUUUAAUAAUUCACAUAUUUUAUCCAACUGCAUAAUAAGUUAAAACUUCUAGCUUAAUUAUUUACUUUAGAUUUAGACCUGUCCUCUAUGAAACUUCACCCAAACGAAAGUUGACCCAAUAGAUAAUUAAUGAUGUGCACCUGUGGGCAUGGGAGUUCUCCAAGGGAAGGGUAUAGAGGGAUUUUAUAUAGGGGACAGAAUCCUUUUUUGGGGAAAAACAACCUGAAAGGGAAAAUAGAUUUUCCUCUUACUAUCGCUUAACCAUAUAUUCAAUCGACGACAUUUUUUUAGCCAUUUUAAAUAAUGUCAGAAAUAAGCUACCUAAAAUCUUCAAGAGGGGGAUAUUUGAUACUGUAUAAAAAUUAUUUGUUUACUUUGCACAGUAAAUAUAAAAACGAAACUAGUUAUUGGAAAUGUGAACAGAAAAAUUGCUCAGCGAAACUCACUACAAUAAAUGGCUUUUUGAAAAAUGCUAUAGAGACACAUAACCAUGCUCCAGAUUUCCAUAAAAUUCGCAGGAAAACAUUUUACAACAAAUUGAAAAGCAGGUGUGAGACGGAGUUCUCUGAGGCUAUUCCAAGACUAUACAGGCAGGAAAUCGGAGAGGUUGCGCAGACAGUCGAGACAGCAGUAAGACUGCCAGAUUUAAAAACUGCCUGUCGCACAAUGUACAGAGCAAGGACAAAGGCAUUACCACCUUUGCCAAGCACUCUAAAAGAUAUUACAGUAAAUGGUCAAUGGGCGAAGACAAUUGAUGGAAGAGAUUUUCUCUUGGUCGAUGACCAGAUAACCGGAGAAAGGAUUUUGGUUAGUAUACCUUUUUUUCCCCUUUUUAUAUACACUUUACACACCAGCUCACACUUUUCUGAAGAAUAAUUAUUUCAAAUGAUACUAAGAACACAUUAGUUGGCAAAAAUAUCUUUUAUUUUGCCAGAACA